AUGAAUGAGAUUACAGAAUCAGGGCCGGAUUACGAUGGCGGUUUAUCAAUUUCACAUGACUACGACGAUUACAAGAACUACGACGAUUACAAGUACCGAAGCAAUCCGAAAAAAAGAUUAAAUGCUAUGAUUGGAUGUGGAAUUUUUGUGCUUCCUGGUGAUGUGUGGAGACUAACUAAAUCUCCGGGUGUUGCUUUAAUAUUUUGGAUUAUUGGAGGAGUUAUUAGUUUUCUUGGUAUUAUGAUUUAUCGUGAGUUAGAUAUUAUGUUGCCUAGAGGAGCAAUUAUUGCCGACGUUUAUGCCGCUUCAUUAUAUUUUGUUUAUGCAAUUCGAGGAGAAGACGAAGAAAAUCGUCCGUCUGAAUAUUUAAAUCCAGGCGGAUAUUUUAGCAAAGACUUUCUAAGAUUAGCAGCCGGAAUAAAUUUGACAAUUUCUACGGUCAAGGUUCUGGCUUUUUAUUGCAUGAUAAUUGCUGGCAUGGUACAAUUACGAGAGACUCAUUUCAAAAAUCACUGGACAAGUAUUUUUAAUAAUACAAUAAGUGAUCAGAGAACUUAUUCAGAGCAAAUUGGAAGUUAUGGAAAUGCAAUGUUAGAG